AGCAAGACACAGUCACAUACAACACCAGUCUUGAUCGAAACUUGCCACCGAGCUCGAAGUUUACUACCUCCCUCUAUUCGUACAUAAGACCUGCGUGACCCAUGAUCUGUGGGAACGAGUGUGACCCUUUCCCGCUACCUAACAUUACCUCCAUCCUCAAGCUCGGUCCGCCGUCUACACCUCCGAUGCGAUAUGGAAGAUGACAACGCGCUCGAGGAGCGCGAAGAAGAACUCUCCUCGAUUGCCGCCAUAUUUCCAGAACUGGAACUGGACGACAAAGAACCAUUUCGCGCGCGCCUCGAAAUACCAGUAGAACUUGCGUCGCCACUGCGAGUAUGCUUCCCCGCAUCAACAGACGGUGAGAAACCGCCUGUUUUUCCUACACCACCCUCCUCAGAAGACGACGGACAUGCUAGGUCAGGAAAGGAAUCUUCAAGAAGCGAGCUGCAGACUCAUGAUUUAUGCUUCCUUCCCGCUGUUCGGCUCGACAUCGCCCUUCCGCAUGGGUAUCCGGAGUCCGUACCUCCAGAGUUCAUUCUGCAUGCUACUGUGCCGUGGGUCCCACAAGCUACUCUAAAUGCAUUACAGCAAGAAGGAGAGAAACUUUGGGACGAGUAUGGGCAUAGUCAGGUUGUGUUCGGGUACAUCGACUUCCUACAGCAGGCGGCCGAACGUGCGUUUGAUCUCGCCUCGGGAGACCUUGCGAUGGAACUACCUGGGUCAAUGCGGCUCAUGCUCCUGGAUUAUGACAAGCUAGCAAAGAGGCGGAAGUUCGAGCAAAGCACAUACGAUUGUGGAGUAUGUCUCGAGCCGAAGAGAGGGUCUUCGUGCUAUAAAAUGGCUCGUUGUGGGCAUGUGUUCUGUGUGUCCUGCUUGCGAGAUUUCUAUACAAGCUGUAUCAACGAAGGAGACGUCGUGAGCGUCAAGUGUAUGGAUCCCAGCUGUGGCAAAGACCCUAAACUUACGUCCAAGAAACGAAAGCAGCGGACUCUGGGACCAAGCGAACUCCUGCAGAUUCCCUUGGACAACGCCCUCGUGAAACGCUACGUUAAUCUCAAACGCAAGAAGAAAAUCGAGGCCGACAAGACAACCAUUUACUGUCCCCGCAAAUGGUGUCAAGGCCCAGCCCGCUCAACAAAAUACCCCAAGAUCACCUCUUUCGACAACUACGCUGACUCAGACUCCGAACCUGAAGAUGAAAUACAAGCACUACCUGACAUCCCACCUCACGACCCAAAUAAGAUCGACCGUCUCGCUAUUUGCGAAGACUGCGAAUUUGCAUUCUGUCGCGUCUGCCUUGCGGGUUGGCACGGUGACUUUGUGCGCUGCUGGCCACGCACUGCUGCUGAGCUCUCUGAAGAUGAACAGGCUUCAUAUAACUAUAUACGUGCCAAUACUUCUCCAUGUCCGACCUGCAACUCUCCUGUACAGAAAACACACGGCUGCAAUCACAUGACGUGUUUCCAGUGCCGCUCGCAUUUCUGCUACUUGUGCUCCGCGUGGCUCGACUCCGCGAAUCCGUAUCAGCAUUUCAACAAUCCGGGUACGUCAUGCUUCCAGCGGUUGUGGGAGCUGGAGGAGGGAGAUAAUGGGCAGGGCGCACAUUUUGAUGGCCCGAGGGCGGCGGAGAUUGCGGCCCUGGAGGUGUUGCAGGCAGAUCUUCAUGCGGAGGCGGAGGCACUUGUUGAUCAGAAUGAGAAUGUGGUUAUUCCGGAGCAUGGGCGAGCCAGGCAGGAAGCUGAGUUGUUCGCUGAAGCCCUGAAUGAACUCCAUCUCAGACAGCAGGACGAACCUGCUGUUCGCGUUCCAGACCGGGCGCGCGGUCCAGUACCGAUUCGAGAGCUGCCGGGUAUGAAUUUUCGAAUUAUUCCGCCGCGAAGGGCUGGGAUUGAGCGCUUCAUCGAGAUGGCACUGAAUGACGAGGAGGAUGCUUGGGAUAGCGAUGAGCUGGAUGACAGCGAUGAUGAUUUUGCGAAUCUUAGGUGACAUGCGAAGCGAAGGUCUAAAUUUUAUAGUUGACCUUGUCUUGACACUCUUCGGAGCAUAUCCAUCUUGAACAUGUUUUACAGCGAGCACAGUAGGAGUUUUGAGAUACGGGUUGGCGCAAACCGCCCCUGAAUAUAAGACAGGUUCCAUCAAUGUUCAAGUGAGUACGAAAAAAAAUCGAUUCAAGAUUACAUAUACAUAAUUAUUCUUAUAUGCUCCAUAUGCUAUCUAUCAUCGUGAUCCAUCAGAACCGUC